UCCGGUUCUGAAGUUUUCCAACUGUUUAAGAAUUCGAAAAUAGGGUUUAGCCUAGGGGUUCUAACUUCUUAGUUAGCUGUAUUGGCGGUUGAGUGAACCUUUUCAAUGCUAGGGUUCAACUGAGGGAUUUAUGCAAGCAGUAAUGCCUAGUCUCCGUGCGAAUGCGUAAAUUUCUCAAAAGUAAAGAUUUUAAGGUUUUUAUAUGUACGAAUCAACAUCAAUGGCGGAUGAUGUAAUGAUAAAAGAAGAGCUUACAAAUCCCUGCUGUAUAUCUUGGAAAGAGAAGUACAGUAAACUGAAAGACGGCUACGCAAAGCUUGAAGAUAGGAGAAAUGCGCUUCGUAAAGGUCUCUCCAUUUACGAGGAACAAGUUUUGAAGAUGCAAUCUGAAAAUCUCUCUCUCAGGAAAGCUGUUGAGGAUGAGAAACUUAGGGCGAACAAUGAAAAGGAGGAAAACAUAAAGGAAUGUGCUUUAAGGGUUUCUUUAGAGAGUGAAAUUGCUGGGUUGAAGAAUGAGAUUCUUUCCUUGAAGCAACAAUCGGUGGCUAAUGAUGGAGGUAGAGAAAUUAGAGAGCUUAAGGAGCAUCUCACUGAGAGAGAAAGCAAGGUAAACGAGCUGAAGGUGCUUGUCGAUAAAGAAAGAGUGAGAGCAGAGUCAGAGAAGAAGAAGGCUGAGUUGGUGAGGAAAAAGGUGGACGAGUUGAGGACAAAAUUGAAGGUUGAGAAAACAAAGGCUGAUGAAGAAAGGAGACUUGCUGAUGUUGAAAGAAAAAGAGCCGAAGGAAAUAGUCUUAAUUUGGAAAAUCUGAAGAAGGAAGCUGAUCAAGUGAAAUCAAAGUUAGCUUCAGUGACUUUGGAGUUUGAAGAUGCUAAGAAGCAGCUGGAGGCAGAAAGAGAAAACACAUCUAAAGAGAGAAAACGUGCAGAUGCAGCAGUGGCGAAAGCUGCUGAUCAAAAGAAGAUUGCAGAAACCAACCGCAAGAUGGCCAUGGAUGAAAAGAGCCGGGCUACUGAUCUAUAUCGUCAGCUUGAACAUGAUAGACAAAAGAUUGAUAAUUUGAAGAAAGAGAUCGGUGAACCCAUGGCAUCUGGUAAAACGGUUAACAUCAUACCUCGUAAAGGGACAACUAUAGGAACUGCUCAAUUCUCACCUGAGCUUGGUCCAAAGGCAGUGGAGAGAGAUGUUACCAUGGUAGAUGUAAUUGGGAAUUCCGAUGCAGACCAAAAAAGGCUCCAGGAAAUGGAAGAAAAGGUGGUGAUUGAGAAAAAGCGUGUCAAAUCAGAGAUGAAAAAAGUGGAAAAGCAAAGAAAGGCUGCAGAAGCAUAUAAAAAGAAGGCAUCAGAAGAAAAAAAUCGUGCUGAUCAGCUUUCUGAAGAGGUCAAAAAUUACAGAAAGAGGGUCGAAGAACUGCAGAAAGAAAUUGAAAAGCUAAGUUCUGCAAGGUCUUCUGUUGAUUGUCCUCUUCGUGCACUUGAUAGUAGUGUGCAUGUUGAAACUGCUAAAGUUAAGCUGUUGCAAAAGCAGUUGAAGCUUGAAAAGAUGCUGGUAAAGCAUGCUAAAAAAGUAGCUAAGUUCGAAAAAACCCGUAAUUAUAUACUACAGCAGAAUCUAGUUAGCUUAAAGCAGGAGCUUGUUCACUUCUCGAGACGUCUAAACAUACUGGACGGUUGCUUCUUUCAAGGUGAUGAGCAUGCCCCAGAAAAGGUUUGCAGCUUCAACUUGAAAAGCAAGUAUUCUAGUUUGGUAGCUUGUGACACGCACUGUCAUUUUGGAAAUGAUUCCGUGCAGUUAGCUGCUGUUGGGUCUGAUCUGUCCGAGCAAAAGAUAGAAUGUAAUGUACGUUUGCUUCCGAUGUCUGGAGGGAACAACCCUGUAUCAUUAUCAGGUAUUAACUCUAAAUUGGAGCCUUUACUUAGAGGUUCCAGCAAAAAAGUGUUACAGAGUUCUGCCAUGAAUUCCAGUUCGGCAUCAUUUUCUGAUAGGCUAUUGGUGGGCUCACAGGACAAAUGUGCUUCCGUCACAACAUCAGCUAAAUCAGCUGAAGAAAAAUUGGACGUAGAACUGACCAUAUCCAGUUUGCCUGGAGAUGCAAGAAAAAAGUGCAUUGAGAAUGUUGUAGCAAUUGCUGACAGUAAUGUCAAGAGUCCGAUCAGUUGUAUUUCUACUGAGAGGAGAGGUCCACAUUAUAAGAGGAUGAGGAGAUCUGUUGAUGCCACUAAAUCUAAUGGAAACUUAAAUUCCGGGGGUAACAAGUGGCAAAGGCAGCUUUCAGAGAAAACCUCUCUACAUGAUGGUAAGUUGAAUAGUAGAACAGAUGGACCUGCUGUUGAGAAAAAGCAUUUGGUAGCUGACAUGCAACGCGAUACGUGCAGCGAGCAUUUUAUAUCUCGCAAGAAAAGAAGAACAUCCUGUGAACUAGGCCUGCAUCCUUUAAACAAGAAUAGUGUGGAAAAGACAAAGCUUGACAGCUGUGGUGUCCAAUCUGAUGUCUGCACACGUCCAUCUCCAACUGUCUAUAGCCUUCCAGAAACUGCCCAGGAUUGGAAGGAUGGGAAAGAUGAUGAUCUGGGAGAUAUUGAUGAACUUGUCCGUGGUGAUUAUAUGAAGCUUCUCAAUUUGGAUAGUGAUACUGAUGAAGAGUCUUAUCGUCUAGCAAUUGAAAUGCCUUUAUCGCCUACACUUCCUGAGAUUCAGUGCCAUAGCAGUGAGGCACUUGAAUCGAUUCGCUCACCUUUAUGUCAGGGAUUCUCAAAUGCAAUGGGGACUCUGGUUUCAUCAGACAGUUUUGAUGUCAUCAAUGUGGAAAUCAAUUCUAACCAGUUAAAACAUUGUACCUUGGAUCCUUCAGAUAAUUUAUCAUUUUCCAAGAAAAGAGAUCAGGUUGAUUCAUCUAAGAGAAUAAAUCUUGACACAGCUUGUAAGUUAUCCUGCAGUUCCUAUGCAAAUGCAUCAGCAUUGUGCAGAUCAGAUUUAGCUGCUCCUGCAAGUGAGGGGUUGCAGAUUCCAUUGGAAAGGAGAGUGGUCUCAUUAUGGGAUGGUUUUGCCAAGUAUUGUGUCAUCUUUUCAAAUAACAACGACGAAAAUAGCAUUUCCAGUAUUUACCGUGCUACCAGCAAUUCUCAUGCUCAGUGCUCUGCAUCAUCAGAUCCUUCUCUUAGGAGUAUUUUGGUCACUCUUUUGAAACUUGAAGAUAUCUCAAACAAGGAGAAGACCUGUGUCUUCUUUUCACUCUUACUGCUCUACAUUUCUGAUACUGCAACGAGAGCCUUUGGAGAUGAUUGGGAGAGGGACCUGACCCUUUUUGUGAAUUCUGUUGCUCAGCACAUAUAUACAGAACUUUCACAUGUAGAUACAAGAAGGAUGUUUGUGGAAUAUUGCAACUUUUAUGAUGUACUUUCUCUUAUGGAGGAUUUUCUUUUGCAUGAUAAAUUGCUGGUGCCUGCUGUAAGUUCUGAUUCAAAGCUUGCAACCAAUUCAGGAAUCAAUCUUAUUUUGGAUGGUCAUAGUGUAAGCUUGUGCAAGCAACCAGCUCCUACUCAGUUGUUGCUAAUUGGAGGCAUUUUGCUCGCAUCAGUAUGUUCCGCGGUUGACCAUGUUGGUUUUGUUUGUGAGGCUUCCUGCAACAUCUUAAGGAUGCGGAGGUCUGAUGCUCUAAACAUUCUUCAUAUAUUUGCCUAUCUAUGUGGUUCUAAAUACUUUAUCCUCAAAGAGUAUGGUUUAGCUAUGACUGUGGUGAAGUCAUUGGUGAUGCUUAUUCACAAGAAUAGAUCAUCUCCUGAUCCUCUUUCCUGUAUAGGAUCUUCAGUUGAGUCAUUGUCUAGGAUUUGUUCCGGUAGUAAAUGCCCGUUUUCAGAGGGUGCAGCUACCAUGGAUAUUGUUGCAUCAUCCCUCUUGGAUAGUAUUAACAGUUAUGCUUGCUCUGCUGUGGGGUCGGAUUUGAUGGAAUCAUUGAACUCAUCAAGACGCAGAGUCAAAUGUGAUGGAAGGAAAACUGGUGAAUCCUCAGAUGACGUAGAUUUAGUUCAGUCGGCCUUUGUUAUUUCUGAAAAUUCAUGCCAGUUAACUAAUACCCUCGCACUUGUGGAGCUUGUUGCAGGUUUCAUGAGCUGGGAUUGGAUGUUUGACAAAAUUGCCUGUCCACUAUUGGAUUUAUUGGACUAUUGUACAUCGGAGCACAAUGCUGCUGCUAUCACUACUCUUCUUGGCCAACUUGGAAGGUCUGGUCUUAAUGCUUUUGGAUGUGAAGAUGUUAGGAUUCAGAGAUUAAGAAGCUCUUUGUGUGCAUUACUUUGCCAAUGUGACUCCAAAAGAAGGGGUCUUCACCUUCAGUUCUCCAUUGGUAUUUCUUUAAUUGGCCUAAUUCCUCUCAGCUUUGAAGAACUUGCUGAAAGUAACAUUGAAGUUGCAUCACCUGCAAAUCAAUGUGAUCCAACUGAUUGCCUAAGAAAGUGGUUUGCUUCAUUGAGCAGCGAACAGCGGUUAUUCAUUAGGCUUGUAGAUGCUGCCGGUUUGACUAGUUGCUGAACGGAAAAUGUUCAGGGAUGCCGAACAAAAUUUUGGGAGAGCUAUAAAUGAAAAGUUGCCAGUUUGUGUCUUUAUUGAUGUAGAUAAUUUUUAGUAGGCAAGGUAUGCGAGGAGUUGUAAAGAAAUUUACAAAGGCAGUUUUUGGUCAACCUUUACCAUUUCUUUUUCCAACAAUCUGGUGUCAUUUUUGCAUUUGGAUUUUACUGCGAUUGUUGGAUAAUGCCCUUGUUCCAGUGAUACAUGGCUUACAUUUCGGACAAUGGUUGAACCGAGGAAGUUCAUUUGCUAUGUAAAAUAUAUUGUGUAGUAGUGGACUGUUGCUCUCCACAACUUUCUGCUGUAAUUUGCCUAAGAGUUGGUUUUUGUUUUGUUUGCUAAGCUGAACAAGCUGUUCUGCA